AUGAAUAGCUUCAAGAGAUACGUGGAAACCUCCACUGCCCCAGAUUCGGAGAAACUUCAAAUGUUAAUCCACUCGUGUUCAAGUAAUAUUCGGAAUAUUCUGAACCCAUUCACCAGGAUGAAGUCCUCUGAGGGCUAUAGAAAGGCACUGAGUACCCUGAAGGACCGGUAUGGUGAGGAGGACGCCCAUAUCGAAGAAUUAUUGAUGAACCUGAUCAACGGACCACCUGUCAAAAUAACCAACGGCGAAGGCCUGCAGGACUUGGCCGACGAACUUCAGGCGUGCAUUUGCAGCUUCCAGUCCAUGGACUCACAAGAAACCCUCGAGCAUCUCCUCGUAAAAAAAGGCAUAAUUGACAGACUUCUUGGUCUUUUACAAGAAAGGUGUGAGAUUGCAGUCCUCGAUCACCCUCCAAAGAGAUAUGGCCACAUGAAAAUAAGGGACAUCUGGCAGUUCAUACAAAGCAGAGCGAAGGAGGCAAAAAUGACGCAUACUCGAUACACUAACCUGGGGUACGAGGGAAAAGACCGAUCUAGCAAACAAGCCAUGACUCUUGUGACCAACGACGUAGGAGAACGAGAUUGUCCACUUUGUCAUAGCCCUCAUCGACUGCCACAAUGCUCAAACUUCCGGAAGUUAACAAAAAUGGAAAAAAGGAACACAGUCAAAGAGUUGGGCUAUUGCUUCUUGUGCCUAAGGGGCCGGCACCAAGCUAGCAACUGUAUGUCUGGCUUCCGCCCAUGCGACAUCGACGGGUGUGGUAAGGCACAUUCAAGAUGGCUCCACCUGCCAAAGGAAGGGGCAGGUGUGCCGCCAAGGAAGGCAAGUGGGAGCAGCCGCCAGAUCAUAAAAUCGAAUAGGGUAGAUGCUGACGUUUAG